AUGGAUUGCCAGCAGCGCAAGCAGCCCUGUCUUCCACCUCCAAUUCCUGGGUCCACUAAGCAAAGUGUGGACGUGUGCCCACCUCCUUGUCCAGAGCCUUGUGUUCCAGUCACUGUCAAGAAAAGUCCAUGUGUUCCUAAAUGCACUGAAGAGUGCCCCCCCAAGUGUGUGGAGCCGUGCCCCCCUCCGGUCUGUGAACAGGUGAAAUGUCGUCCAAAGUGCAAAGAGGCGUGUCCUCCCCCGACUAUGGAGCCAUGUCCCCCUCCUGUCUGUGAGCAGGUGAAGUGUCGCCCAAAGUGCCCAGAGGUGUGUCCUCCCCCAACUGUGAAGUCCUGCCCCCCUCCUGUCUGUGAGCAGGUGAAAUGUCGUCCAAAGUGCACAGAAAUGUGUCCUCCUCCAGCUAUGAAGUCCUGCCCCCCUCCUGUCUGUGAGCAGGUGAAAUGUCGUCCAAAGUGCACAGAAAUGUGUCCUCCCCCAACUAUGGAACCAUGUCCUGUCUGUGAGAAGACAUGUCCUCCUAAAUGCCCAGAGGUGUGCUCUCCCAAGUCUUUGGAGAUAUGUCCCCCUACAGUCUGUGAGGAGAAAUGUCCUCCUCAAAGCCCAGAGGUGUGCUCUCCCAAGUCUGUGGAGAUAUGUCCCCCUACAGUCUGUGACAAGACAUGUCAAUGCCCAGAGUCUGUGAGCAGAAAUGUCCUCCUCAAAGCCCCAGAGGUGUGCUCUCCCAAGUCUGUAGAGAUAUGUCCCCCUACAGUCUGUGAGCAGAAAUGUCCUCCUAAGUGCCCAGAGGUGUGCUCUCCCAAGUCUGUGGAGAUAUGUCCCCCUACAGUCUGUGAGCAGAAAUGUCCUCCUCAAAGCCCAGAGGUGUGCUCUCCCAAGUCUGUGGAAAUAUGUCCCCCUACAGUCUGUGAGCAGAAAUGUCCUCCUAAGUGCCCAGAGGUGUGCUCUCCCAAGUCUGUAGAGAUAUGUCCCCCCACAGUCUGUGAGCAGAAAUGCCCUCCUAAGUGCCCAGAGGUGUGCUCUCCCAAGUCUGUGGAGAUAUGUCCCCCUACAGUCUGUGAGCAGAAAUGUCCUCCUAAGUGCCCAGAGGUGUGCUCUCCCAAGUCUGUGGAGAUAUGUCCCCCUCCUGUCUGCGAGCAGGUGAAAUGUCGUCCAAAGUGCAAAGAGGUGUGUCCUCCCCCACCUAUGGAACCAUGUCCCCCUCCAUGUGAACAGGUGAAAUGUCCUCCAAAGUGCAAAGAGGUGUGUCCUCCCCCGACUGUGGAACCAUGUCCCCCUCCAUGUGAACAAGUGAAAUGUCCUCCAAAGUGCAAAGAGGUGUGUCCUCCCCCAUCUAUGGAGCCAUGUCCUCCGGGUCCAAGUGAAAUGUCGUCCAAAGUGCAAAGAGGUGUGUCCUCCCCCGACUGUGGAGCCAUGUCCCCCUCCUGCCUGUGA